AUGGCCGCUGAGGAGCUGGACACGGGCUACGGGGUCCUGAGCGACUACGCCCACGGCUUCAUGGUGUCCCAGGUUCUCUUCGCUGCCUGUGACUUGGGCGUCUUCGACCUCCUGGCCGAGGCGCCGGAGCCCCUGGACGCGGCCACUGUGGCGGCACGCCUGGGCACCAGCGCCCGCGGCACGGGGCCCCUGCUGGACACCUGCGUGUCCCUGAGGCUGCUGGCCGUGCAGACGAGGGGCGGAGUGGCCGUGUACAGCAAUGGCCAGCUGGCCAGCACCUACCUGGUCAGCGGCAGCCCGCAGGGCCAGCUGCACAUGCUCCGGUACCUGGGCAGCACCGUCUACCCCUGCUGGACUCACCUGGCGGACGCUGUGAGGGAAGGCAGGAACCAGUACCACCGGGCGUUUGGCGUGGCCGCUGACCAGCUCUUCUCGGCCAUCUACAGGAGUGCGUCUGAGCGUGUGUGCUUCAUGCGUGGCCUGCAGGAGGUGUGGGCUGUGCACGGCCCCCGUGUGCUCUCGGCCUUCGACCUCGCGCCCUUCCGGACCGUGUGUGACCUGGGAGGAGGCUCCGGGGCCCUGGCCAGGCUGUGCGUGUCCCUGUACCCCGCCUGCACGGCCACCGUGCUGGACAUGCCCGAGGUGGUGGACACGGCCAGGACAGACUUCUCCCCCGGGGACAGGGAGCAGGAGGGCGACGGUGUGACCUUCCGAGCAGGCGACUUCUUCCGGGACCCCCUCCCCGAGGCGGACCUCUUCAUCCUGGCCCGCGUCCUGCACGACUGGACGGAUGCCCGCUGCGUGCAGCUGCUCUCCAGGGUCUUCCAGACCUGCAGGGCAGGUGGCGGCGUGCUGGUCAUCGAGAGCGUCCUGCAGGCGGACGGCCGGGGGCCGCUGACCACCCAGCUCUUCUCUCUCAACAUGCUGCUGCAGACCGAGGGCCGGGAGCGGACCCUGGCCCAGUACCAGCGGCUCCUGGACACGGCCGGGUUCCGCCGCGUUUCCUGCCGCCACCCCGGGGGCCCGUACCAGGCCAUCCUGGCCCUCAAGUGA